AGCCGAUGAAAACAAACAGCAGCAAUGGCGGCGGUGACGGGAUCCCGGGGGAGGCUGUGGUCGUGAGGCGCCGUCACGGCCCCUCGCAGUAUCCAGCGAAGAAACCCGGUUAGGGGGGCGAUCAGCCCGCGGUUUUCUUUGCCCACAAGAGUUUCUCGGACGGAUUUUCCCGGAAAAAAGCGCCACUCGGACCGGAGUCUAUUCGUAGCCUAGCCGGAGGCAUUUGUCUGAACCAAGCCUGGAAAGAGAAGCUGUUGGUGUUGCCACCUCCCCAAGGCCAAAUUCUGGUUUUUAGCUCGGGGUUAAACGGCUCCAACCGCGCUCUUCACCUCAAGAGCCGAGCUGAGAAUUUAGACUCCUUCUCCUCUUGCGCCUUUCCUGGCUGUACCCAACGAGGAAAUUUAGGUAGCGUAGCCAGUCGCCUACCGAGUGGACACGGGGGUUCCUUAGUGCUUUUCCUUCUUAGUUGGACAGAGAAGAUCCCAUUGCAAAAGACACUGGUUUCUCUGCUCUCUGAAACCGAGAAGGUCCUCAACAGGAAGAAGAAGAAAAAGAGGCAUCUUCCAUCCUGUAUCAAGACGGAGAGGUCGGGAGUAAGAGAAGCCAAAUGAAUAUGGCCAAGCAAAGAGGCUAGGAGAAGCCUCUUGGGUUAAUCCCGGGAUGAAACCUCGGAUUGUCACCUCAGCCUCUCUUGCGCAGACUUUCAUAUGCAAUGGAUACUGACCUCAGCUCCCAGGACAGGAAGGACUUGGACAAGUUCAUAAAAUUUUUUGCUUUGAAGACUGUACAGGUGAUUGUGCAGGCCCGACUUGGAGAAAAAAUCUGCACUCGCUCAUCCUCCUCACCAACAGGCUCUGACUGGUUCAACUUGGCAAUCAAAGACAUACCAGAAGUUACUCAUGAAGCAAAAAAAGCUUUGGCAGGACAGCUGCCUGCUGUUGGGCGGUCAAUGUGUGUGGAAAUCUCCCUUAAAACCUCUGAGGGAGAUUCCAUGGAGCUGGAAAUCUGGUGUUUAGAAAUGAAUGAAAAAUGUGAUAAAGAAACCAAAGUUUCCUACACUGUGUACAAUAGGCUGUCUCUACUGCUGAAAUCUUUGCUUGCUAUAACAAGAGUGACACCAGCCUAUAGACUCUCAAGAAAACAAGGUCAUGAAUAUGUCAUAUUGUACAGGGUAUACUUCGGAGAAGUGCAACUGAAUGGAUUGGGAGAAGGAUUUCAGACAGUCCGAGUUGGGACAGUUGGUACUCCACUAGGCACAAUCACUUUGUCAUGUGCCUACAGAAUCAACCUAGCAUUCAUGUCUACCAGGCAGUUUGAGAGGACCCCACCUAUCAUGGGGAUUAUCAUUGAUCACUUUGUGGACCGUCCCUACCCCAGCUCCUCACCCAUGCAUCCCUGCAAUUACAGAACAGGUGAAGAAAAUGCAGUGGCAUAUCCAUCAGUAGAAGAUUCUCAAGAAGUAUGCACAACCUCUUUCUCUACUUCUCCCCCGUCCCAGUGUGUAUUUACUGUCACUAAAGCACAUUUUCAGACUCCUCCUGUGGUGAUGGAUACCUUGAAGGGCCCUAUGAUGGGGCUGACCUUUUCACCUCAACUCUCCAGCUCUCGUCUUUCUUAUCAGCCUGCAGCCUUGGGAAUUGGAUCAGCUGACUUAGGCUACCCAGUAGUCUUUGCUGGCGGCUUGAGUGCUACACAUCCUCAUCAGUUGGUAGUUCCAGGAAAGGAGGGAGGAGGAGUACCUAUGAUUCCUAGCCAACCGAUGCAUGGCACCCAGGCAGAUCAUGAGAAAAUAAUGACAGGCAAUUCCCCGGAUGGAGGCCAUUACUCUGCAGUUACUCCAUCUAGUAGUGAGGAUCCAGAAACCGUAUCUAACAGCAGUGAAGGAAAGAGUGGUUCUCCACGUGAUGCCUUGGACACCUUCUUUGUCCGAAAGGUGGGAGCCUUUGUCAACAAGCCCAUCAGCCAGGUGACAAUGGCCAGUUUGGACAUUCCUUUUCAAAUGUUUGCUCCCAAGAGCUUUGAACUAGAAGAUAACGAUCCCAUGGUAAAUCCUCCUGAUUCUCCAGAGACGGAGUCUCCCUUACAAGGGAGCCUACACUCAGUGGGCUCCAGUGGCAGCAGCAGUGGGAAUAUCCAUGAUGAUUUUGUUAUGAUAGAUUUUAAGCCAGCAUUUUCUAAAGAUGACAUUAUCCCCAUGGACCUAGGGACUUUCUAUCGUGAAUUUCAGAAUCCUCCUCAACUCAGCAGCCUCUCCAUUGAUAUUGGAGCUCAAUCCAUGGCAGAAGACCUGGACUCACUGCCCGAGAAAUUGGCUGUUCACGAGAGGAACGUCAAAGAAUUCGAUGCUUUUGUAGAAACCUUACAGUGAAAUUGAACCAAGUUAGAACAGCCUUGGACGUCCUUUUUGACACUCUGGAAAAGGAGGCCUAUACAUUUUGCACCUUCCGGGUCCUGUUAUGUUGCACCAACACUUUCAUUUGCUUUCUGGGCUUUGUCCGAUGCAGGAACAAAUGUGAAUCACUUUGAACUGACCUUGUGGUGAAUUAAUUCAUUUUCCUUCUUGUUACAGUUGGCAUCUGAAGCAGUAUAAUGAAGAACAAAAUGAUCACUUUUGCUUUCAUUCUCUCAUCUGUAAUGAUUUUCUGUUGUUUCUGCUUCCCUCAACUGUUAUCUUUUUUCACUUGAUUCAAUAGAACCAUCACUUGAAAGGAUCAAAACAAACAGAAUAAUCCAUGCUCACUGAAUUCUGAACACUGCAGAAUUAGUCUAUUUUCAGUGAGUGUGUUUCACAUACUUACAACAGGGGAUAAUAAUUCACUUCUAAUGCUCUAAAUAAUGGAAAUAAAGUGUUGCAUAGUUGCAUGCCGAUAUAAGGAAUGAAGUUUUCCCCCCCGCUGCACAGUUGAGAAUUAAUCCAUAAGAGCAGGAAAAAAGUGCUUUUCAUAUAUUUUUCCACCAACAAGAGUAAAAAAAUAAUGCCAGGCUAAUAAGGCUAGACAAAAAAGUCUUGUUGCUUUUGAAGAAGGUUCAGAGUUCAUGGUGUCUUCUUACAAUUGCUAAUUGUAAAUAUGUUAGUGAUCCUAAUUCUUUAGGAUUACUUAAUUAGGGAUCUUUAGUCCAAAGUUUUUACAGAUGCUGCUGCUCUAUGUUAAGAGAAAUAAGAAAUAUUUAUUAUUCUAAAGGAAACUAUAUUUAAAGAAAAGUUGUAUGUUAUGUUUUCACAUUGUUAUGUAGCCAUAAGCUGCUGUUCUUUGUCACUGCAAAAGUGCUGUGAACAACCUUAAAAUGAAUGAGGGCAUCUUCCUUUUUUUUUUUUUUUUCAAAAGCAGACAUGUUGUGCUGGGAAAUUUAUCCUUCCCAGAGAUUGACUUGAUUUCAUUCUGCCCUCUUGGGGGGUCACAAUUAGAAAUGUCACAAUUAAGAUAUGUGCUCUGGUAUAGUGAAUUUGCAGAGUUCUAAAAAGCUGAGCUCUGUCAUAUUUGUAAAAUAAAUUUAUGUAAUCUGCGAUGAAUUAGAAAGUAACUUGGUAUAGAAGUACAUUUUAUGAGAUUUACGGUACUUGUUUUAUGGUGCAACAUUUUGUUUAAAGUUGUUUUUCUAACGAGUUAGGCAUUAAGUAAUGCAAUUGACUGGCAUUUCUAUAUGUUCUUUUUGCUCCAUGCUCCACACCAACUAUGGGGGAAGGAAGGAAAAAGACAUCCAUAUGAGUUUAGGGAUAAGUUAGGCUCUGGGCACAAGUUCUUUCUUUCCAUUGUCAAAAAACAGGCUGAGAAUUCACCUCUAUGCAUAUUUUAAUGGGAGUAAGCGUCAACUUUAGGAAGAUAUAUUUGAGUAAACCUGUUUAGAAUUGAACUGCCAUAUACUGUACUGAAGAAAGAAGAUCCUAUCCUCUCAUUCCUUCUGUCUUUCAUCUUAGAUGCUUUUGUAUGGUCAUUGCCUUUACAUAUGAAGGAUAUUUAGAGUUAAAAUAAUGGAAUGUUGACUUCCUAUAGUGCUCUGUUCUUAUAGGUUUUGCUUGCUUGUGGUCUAAGAUGGGGUAGAGAUUAUUAUUUCAGAUAGGCUCUGGAAUUUUCUGUUCCCUACUGCUUUGCAGAAAUGAGCAGAAAAUUAAAUCUUUUGUCUUCUAGCAUGUAGUUUAUCUUAAUGGCUCAAACUAAGAAAUUUAUUUAAAUUGACUGAAAAGUACCUUUUAAAAUUUAUUUUCAAAGUACUUCUGAUAUUGUUAAUCAUUAUUGGUCCACUGAAGAAUACACAUCUAAGUUCAUACCUAAAUUGCUCCUUAAGUAGAGUGUGCGUGCUUGUUUUGGGGCUCAGAAUGAUAGAAACAUCCAAACUACUUUAAAAUUGAUUGCCAGAAAGAGGCUCUAACCCAUAGUCAUAUCUGCAUAAAAUAAGGCUUCGUUUCCUGAGCCUUUUAGCUUUUUAAUCAAAAUAUUAUAUGAAUAUAAGAAAAAAAGCAUUCCUUAUUAUUAUUCAUGAGAUAUCAGAUGAUGUAGAUCUAUUUGUCUAAAGAAGAUUGGCUUUUCCAGCAUUGACUACAGGAGAACCUAUUCUUAUAAAUGAUGAUAUCCGAUAAGGAAAUUGCUGUGUUUCUACUGUUUCUAAUGUUCCUAAGUCACCUCUCAGCCAAAACUGAGAAUUUUUUUGCACAUUUACCUUGACACUCAAGUCACAAUGCUUAUUUUGGUUCCCCUUCAUUUUCACAGUAAAAUGCUGUGGCGAUUAAAGGAAUUUAGUCAAAUAUAGGUAGUCCUCAACUUACAUUCAUUAUUGACAUUUCAGAGCUAUGAAAAAGUGACAUUAAGGCCAAUCCUGUAAAUUGUGACCAUCGCACCACUGCUACUGCAGUCACAUGAUCACAAUUUGGUUGUUUAACAACAGGCUCACUUUUACAAUGGCUGCAGUGUCUUGCAGAUUCAUCAAAUUACUGUGUAAUUUGCUUAACACCGUGCUUAAAAGUGACAUAAAGUUGGGUCCAGUCACUUGAUGAAUCUGUUAACAAAGUAUUGCUUAGUGACCAAAUUUUUUGUCCCAACUGGUCGUAUUUUGAGAACUACUUGUAUAUUUAUUCUCAUAGUUCAAAACUAUAUAGAUAAUAUAAUUUCAAUAUCUUUGAAUAGAAUUACAAGUUACUCAUGUUGAUAUUCAUUUCCUGUUCAGUGUUUUUCGUACACUGAAAUAUGUACUGGAUUGUAUUCAUUGGCAUGAUUCUGAUAUUCUAUCAACAGAAUAACCCUUUGAAAACUUCACAGAAUUGGGGUCCUUGCAGGGGUGGGAAACAGCAAAAAGUAUGCUUAUAUAAUAUGAUCAGAUGCUGUUGUCUGAGUCUGGGUUCUUUAUUUAUUCUUUGAAGCAAAUCACAUUGGUUCUGCCGAAAUAUCAAUCAAACAUCAAUUUACUAUCCCACAUAAAUCCUCGUCAGGGAUCCAGUUAUAGAUCUUCAAAGGAUACAUUUCUGUCUAUGUACUUGCAUUACAGGGCUAUGAAUCAGAAUUUAUACAUAACAGGCAACAUUCAAGGGCACCAAUUGAAGGAAGAAGGUUCUUCCCCUGCAUUUAUUUGGAAACACUAUUCAAAAUAUUCCACUACACAUAUUCAUACAAUUUCCAAUAAAACUUUUAUGCUACUUUAAA